CCGCCCCAGUGAGAGGCUUCCCCGGCCGGAGACCUUCGGGAGUCUCGACGGGAGGCAGCCCUCCGGCCGGGGAAGUUCCGGAGUCCCCCUCCCGCGGAGGCACGACCCGGGCAAUACCCGAGGCCUGGGAAAGGUCUGCCUUCUGCAGGUUCUGCCUGUCCUCGGGGGGAAGAGCAGCGAAGGAGGACAUGGCUCCUGAGCAGAGGGAAGCAAGCUGUCAGCAGGUGUCAGUGACGUUCGAGGAUGUGGCCGUGUUCUUUUCCCGGGAUGAGUGGAGAAAGCUGCGUCCAUCUCAGAGAAGCUUGUACCAGGAUGUGAUGCUGGAGAACUACAGUCACCUGGUCUCACUGGGACUCCCAUUUUCCAAACCCAAAGUGAUCUCCCUGUUGCAGCAAGGAGAAGAGCCCUGGAAGGCAGAGGAGGAACGUCGCAGACACGCUACUCCCGGACAGAAGAGCAGUAAUAAAACUACCAAGUCAACUCAAACGCAAGAUUCUUCAUUUCAGGAGCUGGUAAUGAAAAGAUCCAAAAGUAAUGGACCCUGGGACUUCAAAUCAGAAAAUCCCUGCACAUACGAAAACAGAUUAGAGAGAAAGCAGAAGAAAAAUGAGACUGUUCAGAUAUUUUCAGUCACCCAGAAAAACAUUCCUACUGUAGAAAGAAGACAUAAAAAUACUGAAUUUGGCCAAGACUUCAGCCCAAAGUCAGUACUUAUUAGGCAACAGAUGGUUUCUAGGGAGAAAACACCACCAAAAUGUGAAAUACAAGGAAACAGCUUCAUAAAGAACUUAAAUUUACUUAAUCAACCAAAAAGCAACACAGCAGAGAAACGCUAUAAAUGUAGUAUAUGUGAGAAAACCUUUAUUAACACGUCAUCCCUUCGUAAACAUGAGAAAAACCAUAGUGGAGAGAAAUUAUUUAAAUGUAAAGAAUGUUCAAAAGCCUUCAACCAAAGUUCAGCUCUUAUUCAACAUCAAAUAACCCAUACUGGAGAGAAACCCUAUGUAUGUAAAGAAUGUGGGAAAGCCUUUACCCUUAGUACAUCCCUUUAUAAACAUCUAAGAACACAUACUGUGGAGAAAUCCUACAGAUGUAAAGAAUGUGGUAAAUCUUUCAGUCGAAGGUCAGGCCUUUUUAUACAUCAAAAAGUCCACGCUAGAGAAAACCCCUAUAAAUAUAAUCCAGGUAGGAAAUCAUCUAGUUGCAGCACAUCUCUUCCUGGGUGUCAGAGAAUUCAUUCCAGAAAGAAGUCCUAUUUAUGUAAUGAAUGUGGCAACACCUUCAAGUCCAGCUCAUCCCUUCGUUAUCAUCAGAGGAUUCACACAGGAGAGAAGCCUUUCAAAUGCAGUGAGUGUGGGAGAGCCUUCAGUCAGAGUGCAUCUCUUAUUCAACAUGAGAGAAUUCACACUGGAGAAAAGCCCUACAGAUGUAACGAAUGUGGAAAAGGCUUCACCUCUAUUUCACGACUUAAUAGACACCGAAUAAUUCAUACUGGUGAGAAGUUUUAUAAUUGUAAUGAAUGUGGUAAAGCCUUAAGUUCCCACUCUACACUUAUCAUUCAUGAGCGAAUUCAUACUGGGGAGAAACCAUGUAAAUGCAAAGUGUGUGGGAAAGCCUUCCGACAGAGCUCCGCCCUCAUCCAGCACCAGAGGAUGCACACUGGAGAAAGACCCUACAAAUGCAAUGAGUGCGGGAAGUCAUUCCGGUGCAACUCGUCCCUCAGCAAUCACCAGAGAAUUCAUACUGGAGAGAAGCCGUAUCGCUGUGAGGAGUGUGGGAUAUCUUUUGGCCAAAGUUCAGCUCUGAUUCAGCACCGGCGGAUUCACACAGGAGAGAAGCCCUUUAAGUGUAACACAUGCGGGAAGACUUUCAGACAGAGCUCCUCACGUAUUGCCCAUCAGAGAAUUCACACUGGAGAGAAACCCUAUGAGUGCAGUACAUGUGGGAAACUUUUCAACCAUAGGUCAUCUCUUACGAAUCAUUAUAAAAUUCACAUUGAAGAGAGCGCCUAGAAAGUAGACUUACAUGUGUGAAAGCCUUAAACCAAAGCUUACCAGAAUACAUGACAGUGCUGGAGUAAAUGUGGUGCAUACAUAAAAAGCCUUUCUACAAUUUAGUCAUCAGAUAUUCAAUUCCAAGGACAAGUCUUGACUACAUAAUAGACCAUGAGGAAAGUGGGAAGUGUUCGUGUCUGUCAGACACUGUUAAAACAACCUGAAGCAGAUUCACAAGAGGAGCACUGACUUCGGGCAGUUGUGAAACAGAAGAAUCCUUUUAUCUUGACAGCAGUGUACACUAGAUACCAUUCGUGAUUGUCAGUAAUAUCUGGGCUGGGGUGGGGUGUGUACACUGGAUUUCUCAUUUAAAAUAAACUGGUAAUGCUUGUUAAAAUAACAUCUUAAUGGCAUAUAAAAGAUGUGAUCUAAGAAACUAUAUGUUUUUAGAGAGAAGGACCAAAUAAAAGACUCGAAGAACUGUAAACUACCUCUCAGUUGCUGGGGUUUGUCCUUUUCCUGACCUGAUGUCAAACUUUGUGCAUGGAUUUCAUUUAAAAAUAGAAAUAAAGGUCCGUUUUCUUCCUUUGUUCUAGUAA